AUGCCGAAUGCCGUUAAUUCAAACCGGAAAGGUUGCAAUCCACCGGCAGCUGCCGCUCGGCGUCGAAGUGCUGCUGGAAAGCAGACCGGCUCUACUCAACAAAGUGCUACGUUCAUACCAAGUGAGAGUGCCAUUCCAAAGGUGGCUAGUUCACCUAGUUUGACAUGCGUCGGAACUACAUCACCUGCAAAGACUGCUUCUGCCCCUACACCUACUCAGGCGAACAAACUGGCUACACCAACGGCAGCGGCUGCUCCCAAACCACCACCCACUGCUCCUAAACCAGCACCCUCUGCUCAGACACCACCAGCCACUGCUCAAACACCACCUGCGGUCGUCUCAAAUCCAGCGGGUGCAGUUCAUGGCGCAAAAGCUUCAUCGAGCCCUCCCGGUGUUGUUGCCAUACCAGAUAUCGUUUGCUCACCUUCGACUACACCUGGAAGGCAAUCCCCUAAUGGGAGCGUGCCAGGUUCGCCUGUUAAACCUGCUAUCCGAUUGGAAAAAGAGACCCAAGAGCAAGUUCUAGCUGCCAUCGAAGACCAUGCAGGUGAUGAUGACAGCAGUGCACUGAUCUGUAUACAGCCUUCGCAAUCUGAAGUGAAUAUCGAUGAACAGAAAAAGCUACAGCAUUUGCCUGUGGUGAAAGCUUUCAACGAAGCUGAAAAGAAGAAAAUGUCUCAACGUCGAUGA